AUGUACCAUCAUCUCAACGAAAGACGACGCGAGGCCGUCAACACGUGUGUUCAGUUAUUGAGGGAUCGCAGCAGGGAAAUGGCGCUGGAUCCGCGCUUCUUCAGCCACAUCGACCAGGUCGGCCCUGGCUCGGUCUCAUCCGCCUCUUCCUCCGAACUAUCGGCCGCCACAGGAAUCACGUCGCCCAGUAUCAUCUCAACCUCCGCAUCCGCCGCGACUCUCCGAUCCACUGCUUCCAGCCCCUCUCUUCGCGCUCGAGAAGGAGUGCCCGCUCAGAUCGCGCGCCAGGAUGGAGUCGGCAGUCCAUCACCCGGAGGAAAUGUGCGCGUCGUGGUGCGAGUUCGGAAGUUUCUCCCCAGAGGUACGCUGCCGAAUGCGAUGCGCUCGAAAAUUCAAAAUCAGACUGAAUGUCUGAUCUCGAUGGAUCCCCACACGCAAAUGACGCGCCUGCAAGCACCGAAGCGGAGUCCCUACGAUCGAGGCAAACCGAAAUCCCAGGCCCGCGGCAAAGUCCUCGAAGAUAAGUCCUUCACAUUCGAUAAUUCCUUCUGGUCGCACGACGAAGAGGAUGACCAUUACGCCCAUCAGGAGGACGUGUACAACGCGCUUGGUGAGGAGUUCCUGGACCACAACUUCGAGGGCUACCAUACCUGCAUUUUCGCCUACGGACAGACCGGGUCUGGAAAGAGUUACACCAUGAUGGGCACUCCAGAACAGCCGGGAUUGAUCCCUCGAACUUGUGAAGACUUGUUUCAGCGCAUCGAGUCAUCGCCAUCCCCCGACAUUAGUUACAACGUUCGUGUGUCCUAUUUCGAGGUAUACAACGAACAUGUACGAGACCUCCUGGUACCUCGAACGGAUCCCCCGCACUACCUUCGCAUUCGUGAAUCACCUUCCGAAGGCCCUUAUGUAAAAGACCUAACAGAGGUGACGGCCAGGAAUUAUGCGGAGUUGAUGAAGUUUAUGCGCAAGGGUGAUGUAUCACGAACUACAGCCAGCACUAAGAUGAACGAUACCUCUUCACGGUCACACGCGGUUUUUACAAUCACACUGAAACAAAUCCACCACGAUCUGUCUACGGAUGAAACGACGGAGCGCACUGCUCGCAUUCGGUUGGUCGACCUCGCAGGUUCGGAGCGCGCCAAAUCGACCGAAGCAACAGGUGCUCGUCUACGUGAAGGAUCGAAUAUCAAUAAGUCCCUGACAACACUUGGCCGAGUGAUCGCGGCUCUGGCUGACCCGAAGAAGACUCGCGGUGGCAGGAAAGGCAAGGAAUUGGUGCCGUAUCGGGACUCCAUUCUCACAUGGCUUCUGAAGGAUAGUCUGGGUGGCAAUUCCAAGACCGCAAUGAUUGCAUGCAUUGCGCCAGCAGACUAUGAGGAGACGCUCUCGACCCUACGUUAUGCAGACCAGGCGAAGCAUAUUCGCACUCGUGCUCGUGUCAACCAAGAUCACGUAUCAGCUGCUGAACGUGAUCAGCAGAUUGCGGAGAUGACGGAAACCAUUCGAGCUCUUCAGCUCAGCGUCAGCCAAGCGAAUGAAAACCAGCGCGCGAGCCAGAUCCAAGACGAAAAGCUCGAUGAAUACCAACAGAAGGUGGAGAAAAUGCAGCGUCUCAUGGAGGAAACCAAGAUGGUCAGCGAAUGCAAGAUCCGACAACUGCAGACAGAAAACGAAGCUCUGCGAAUGCAUCUGAAGCUUGCCUUGGAUAGCCUCAAGAACCCUAUCCCGCCAGUCAACAUUUCCCAGCGUCAGCCGAGCCUCGGGUCACUGGCAGAAGUGGAGAAGACUCCUUCUCCCACGCCCACCCGAGAGAAGGAGAACCAUGACCGCGAGGCCUCCCCCGCAUAUCCGUCAGAAUCUGAAAGCGAAGCCGACGUAUGGGAGGACGAGGAUGAUGAGGAUAUGGAUGCCAGUGAGCAGGAAGCCUACCAGAUGCAGAGCCACAUGCAGGAUCUCCUCGGUGACCUGAGUGUAUUCAAACGCAAGCUUGCUACCGACCAUGAGCGCUGGCGCCAUAACGAGCGGGCCGCGACCAGCAAACGCCGUGCCCUGCGGGUGAUUGCUGCGAACAAUCGCUAG